UAAAUUGUGUAAUUUGGAAGGGGGUGCGGAUUAAGUUUAUGGCGGUGGAAAAAGAAAUUCCCGGCUACUUACUUUCUUUUGCUCUUCGAAAUUGAAGUUUGGUUGCAGUUCGCAAAUCUUGAAGCCAUGGAAGAAACCAGGGAUCCUCCUAUCAGGAUUAUGAAAUUUGUCUCUGAAGAGCAAUUGGAUGAAGCGAAAAGAACAAGGGGUGAACGAGUUGAAGACGGCACUGCCCAGAGAGAUAGACCUCUCUACGAUAUUCUGAAGGAGAACAAGGAUAAAAAGGAUGCGGAAUUCAAUGAAAGGUUCAAGCACAGACCACCUAAAGCUUUAGACGAAGACGAAACUGAGUUUCUUGAUAAUUAUGAAGCAACAAGAAGGGAAUAUGAACGACAAGUGGCAGACGAGGAAGCCCAACAAAUCCGAAGCUUUCAGGCAGCAGUGGCAGCACAGUCCAACAUUGUGCAUGAAAUUAAGGAAAAAAACCCUUUACCUGUCGUCCAGGAACAAAAAUCUGCUGUAAAGAAGAAUCCAGCCUCUCGUCCAUUAGGCAUGAUUAUUAAAGUCAAACCCCAAGCUAAAAAAGCAAGACUGGAUGAAGAAAAUACUGAGGAAAUUUCAAAAGCAGGAAACACUCCUCCGAAUGAUAAGACCAAGUCUUCGGAACCAAUACAGGCAUUGAAUGGCGAAGCUAAUAAGUCGCGGGAAGUUGCCCUAACUGGCCUUGUUUCAUACAGUGACGAAAGUGACGACGACUUGUAAUUUGAUACAUAUAUUCAAAGAAUUUUCGUGAUUUCUAUUACUUUUUGUAUGUGGCCUUUAUUUUCC